UUCGCUGAAAGACCCGCGCGCGGAGCCAGUUAGCGCCGAGAAGCCUGCGAACAUGGCAGCCUCUUGGUCAAGUUUUUCCUUCUUCCUGCCAUGUUGGGCUAUAUUUUUGCCCGUCAAGCGGGUCUUGACGACCCGCUGAGGUUACGCCGGACUGAAUCGACCAGGAGGGUGUUGAGCUUGGAGCUGAACAAAGAUAAAGAUGUUGAAAGGAUCCAUGGGAGCGGUGUUAGUACUCUGGAUAUUGAACCUGUUGAAGGAAGAUACAUGUUAUCAGGUGGUUCCGAUGGCGUUAUCGUUUUGUAUGACCUUGAAAAUUGUAGUGGAAAACCAUGUUAUACAUGUAAGGCAGUUUGUUCCGUGGGCAGACCGGCCUCACCUUCUAACUUCUCCCUGCACCCACGCAUCUCCCUCAAGCAGCUCAGAAUCUACAGUGUGAAAAAAGUGACAGCAAAUCCCUUCUUCUGGCUUAGGCCUCGCCUGGCCAUGCUGCAGAAUAAAGUGGAAGAAUCCCAGAAUGAUAGAUCGCAGUAUGCUGCUUUGGGCUGCAAAGAAAUGUGUGCCACUCUGGAACGCUGCCCUAGUUCCUUUCUGGUAGAUGAGGCAUGUUCUAAGGAUUCCUGUGCCUUCACAUUUUUAGGACACAGACAAGAAGUGCUGGCAGUAUCUUGGUCACCACGUUAUGAGUACAUCUUGGCAACUGCAAGUGCUGAUAGCAGAGUGAAAUUGUGGGAUGUGAGGAGAGCUUCUGCUUGUCUAGUUACUCUUGAUCAACAUAACGGGGAGAAGUCAAAAGCGUCUUCCGAAGCAGCAAAUACAGCCCAUAAUGGGCGGGUUAACGGUUUGUGCUUCACGAGCGAUGGGCUUCACCUUCUCACGAUUGGCACAGAUGAUCGCAUGAGACUUUGGAACAGUUCCAGUGGGGAGAAUACGCUGGUGAACUAUGGGAAGGUGUGUAAUCAAAGUAGAAAAGGACUCAAAUUCACCGUUUCUCAUGGCUGCAGCCCUGAAUUUGUGUUUGUGCCGUACAGCAACACUAUCGCCAUUUAUACCAUUUAUUCUGGAGACCUAGUAACUAUGCUUAGGGGCCAUUAUAGUUCUGUUGACAGCUGUGUCUUUCAGUCUCAUUUUCAGGAACUUUACAGUAGCGGCAGAGAUAGCAAUAUCCUCGCCUGGGUGCCAUCUCUGAGAGAACCAGAGCCCAACGAUGCCUCUGACAAGUGUGUGAAUCCAGCUUAUGAAGAUGCCUGGAGCAGCACCAGUGAUGAUGAAGGAUGAAUUCCUAGUGGACUGUUUCUGAUAUCUAUGUGUUCUGUCUUGGUGGAAGAAUUAUCAUCUAGGUGUUCCAAACAAGUACCUGCUUCCAGCAGCAUCUCUGUCAAUACCUUAUAAUGUAAAUACUGUACAUUUUCUCCUGUACAUAUACUUUUUCUGUUUCUAAUAUUUUGUGGUCCACUGUGUUCUUUAUUGUUAUGUCAUUGUUACUUUGACAACAGUUCACCUUCAGUAAAAAAUGGGUGGGGGAAACUCUCUCCCUUUUUUGCUCUCUUCUCAAAAAAAUACAACACAUGGGUCUACUCAUA